CUCCGCUCGCUGAUCCGUUUAUUCCCGUAUAAUCCCUGAAACAAGAUGGUGGUCUGCACCAAGCUAGUUCAAUGGCUGGCUAUUGCAGCCUUCUUUAUGGAGCUAUGGUAUGGACUGGUCGUGGGCUGGUUUCCUAUAAAUAUUAGCCCGCAAUUAUACCAAGUACUUCUCCCUAUGCCACUUUAUGCCAUCAUGUUACUAGGGUGUUACUCGUUAAUCGCCGUUGGUUACCAGCUCAUGACAUUCAGCGAUUGCCCUGAAGCAGCUGACGAAAUCAAGCAAGAAAUUCAAAUGGCCAAAAGGGACUUGGCAUCAAAAGGAUUUAAAUUUUAAAACAACAUUGAGAACCCAUCAUUAUCUAUCUCUCACUCGGACUUUCUACUUUAUUUAUAAAAUUUAAAUUGUUUUAAGCUAAUUUAAAAACAUAUGCCUUUAAAUACUGUA